AUGGAAACAACCCCCAACCCCCCCGCCCCCUUGGAAAGAAAUAUUUGUAAAAAAUAUAACCCGUGUCAGAAUGGCGCUACGUGUGGUAACAUCUGUAAGGGCUACAUCUGUAAGUGUCUUGCUGGUUGGGAAGGUGACAAAUGUGACAAAGAUAUAGAUGAGUGUGCUAAGUCGCCCUGUGGUCUAGGUACCUGCAAAAACAUCGAUGGGUCAUUUACGUGCAUAUGUCCACGUGGAUUAUCGGGAACUUACUGCGAAAUAGAUAUCAACGAGUGCUCUGAUAAUCCAUGUAAAAACGGAGCCGGAUGCACGAACACACACGGUUCAUUCAAUUGUAGUUGCGUACCUGGAUGGAAGGGGUCAGAAUGUGAUCAAGAUAUUGACGAAUGUAAGGCAAAUCCUGAUCUGUGUCAGAACGGAGGAAAAUGCCUGAACAAACAGGGGUCAUUCGAAUGUACGUGUGCAGAAGGAUGGACAGGGUCACUUUGUAGUUAA